UAUCCAACCGGGCCCUGGGGAAAACCCGUCUUCUCAGAAGUGUCGGAACAUCGAAUAAGUUGCAUUUCGAUUUGAAACAUGGCUUUGAGUGAAAACGAUUUAGGACUUCUGUGCGCUGGUUAUACGGCUAUUCUUGGCUUUCAAGUUGUCCCACCGAGAAGCCUUGUUCAACAGAGUGCCGCCUCAUCGAUAUGGGAAUCAGCAUUUAGUUGGAUAAGGCCAGAAAGCGCUCGAUCUGUUUUGCCUAAAAUAGGUGUCCAUGAACUCUUCCACACUACUUAUCAACCAUUUGUACCUUCAUUGGCCCAACCUCGAUCCUGGCUCAUGCUAGAGAGUGGCUCUUCUGAUGAUGUCAACGUGACCGUAAAAAUGAUCAAUGGAGGAACAACAACCAUUCGAGCACGGCAAGGGGAAACGGUGGAAUCCAUCAAAGCAGGCAUCCAAAGAAAGCUGUCAAUUCCUUUCCAAGGACUCCAGCUAACUCAUUUUGGACAAAAAAUGUCAGAUGCGCAUACGAUUGAUAUGUACAUGCCCGCGACUCAACUCGAAUCAGUAGGAAAGCCCUCACUGUGUUGUGUGGGAGGUGGAGGGCCCUAUGAGCUUGAUUGUUCUGAGUUUGACCCCCCUUACAACUACGACUUUACCAAUGUAAAGGAUGACGGUAAAGAGUACAAAAGGGGGGGUAAAGUGUAUCAUCGACCUUAUGGAUGGAAGAGGUUUGCUGUAAAAGUCCUCAAUGAUGAUCGAUAUGGUGGAGACAACACCUGGCUUGGG